CCGCGAUGCCGAACGAAACAGUGGUGAUAGAAGCUGAUAGCAACAGCAACAGUGACUACAGUCUACAAUUGAAUCGAUGGUUCUUGAAACCGAUCGGUGCAUGGCCCUCGUCUCCUUCCACCACAAAACUCGAAAAGAUUAUUUCAUUUGUUUUAAACAUCAUUUGCUUCAGCAUCGUAAUUAUCACUGCGAUUCCUAGUUUACUACUAAUGAUUCUAGAAGAUCAGAGUAUGAAUUUGAAAUUGAAGACACUAGGUUUCGUGAGCCAUUGGAUCGUCAGCAGCUUUAAUUAUACAGCUUUGUUGUUGCAUAGCAAAGACAUACGACAGUGCAUAGAACACAUGGAAAGUGACUGGCGAACGUUAAUGAGAGAGGAGGAUCAACACGUGAUGCUGAAGAACGCGAAAUUCGGUCGCUAUGUGGCGGCUUUUUGCGCCAUUUUUAUGCAGGGUAGCGUUUUAUGCUUUUGUUUCGUGACAGCAUUAAAUACAUUCGAGAUUCAAAUUGGAAACGAGACGAGAGUUUUACACGUGUUACCUUGUGCAGUAUACAAGAAGCUAGUAAACGUCGAUGAAAGUUCAACGAACCAGAUCAUGCUUUUCUUGCAAGUUUGGUCUGCAAUUAUUGCAAAUUCUAGUACGAUUGGGAUUUUUAGUCUUGCAGCAGUCCUAGCUGCUCACGCGUGUGGCCAGUUAAACGUUAUUAUGUUAUGGAUCACUGAAUUUGUUGAGGCCAGAGGAGAGAAGAAACCUGGUGGUUGUAUUCAAAUUGGAACAAUCGUGGAACGACACCUGAGGACAUUGAAGUAAGACCUUUUCCCUAUUCCUUCUUUGUUGGCGUCUCAGUACUGAUCUUCGGGAUUAUGUUGUACGUUAAUUGCAGUUUUAUAUCGUGUAUCGAGGAAGUGAUGAAUAAAAUAUAUCUUUUGGAAAUGCUAAGAUGCACAAUGGAUAUAUGUGUAACUGGCUAUUACAUUUUAUCAGUAUGUAAUUAAUAUAUAUUUCUUGUUUAUCUAUUUCUUCCAGAUUAGAUGUAACUUUACUUUUCUGUAUAAUUGUUUUAUUCUGUUUACUAUUCCGUCUUAGGAAUGGACUGAGCAUGAUAUUCAAAAUUUGACUUCGUAUUUUAUGAUGUUCGUUACAAUCUGUUAUAACAUUUUUGUAAUAUGUUACAUCGGUGAAAUAUUAACAGAGCAGGUAUCAGCAACACAUUAACACUCUAAUUCUAAAAUAACCAGAGUAAUCAAAAUUAAUAAUUAAUCGUCCUUCAUACAAUUUUUAUAGAUUCACAAUGGCACAUUUUUGGUGAUUUGAAUGAUUUUUUCAUGUCUUUCAUUUUAAGUUCUUUGGUACCUACACAUUUCAUACUUUGCCCUAGUGUUAGUGUGGAGUGACAUAAAUCAUGCAAAUCGUAAUCGUGGUGAUUAAUUCAACAAAUUCUUAACAGUGUAAGAAAAUUGGCGAAGCCGUUUACAUGACGAACUGGUAUUACUUGCCCGGUAAAACAAUCCUCGACUUGAUUAUGGUCAUCGCACGAUCGAAUGUAGUCGUUCAAAUCACUGCAGGAAAAUUAGUUC